AUGCGCCCACGACUCCUUCUCCCUCGCGGGGACCUGGCCCGGCCAUGCUCCCCGGCGAUACACUCGACGACCACCCGAUUCUUUACACAGAGCGCAUCACUUCGCGUGGGAGUUCAAACAAGACCCCAACUUGGCUUCCUCAAUGUGCCCGUGACCACUCAACAAUAUCGCUACCUGACGACCGAGCGCAAGGCGAGACUCAAGUACGACAUCAAGCAGGGAAUUAAGAUCACCUCAUACUUCUGGAUGGCCGGCGCUUGCUGCUUCGCCAUAGCAUUCGCCCUUGUCCAGGAAACUCUCGAAGCCCGAUAUCCAUCACCACACGAAUGGAGCAUGCUUAGUCGGAUUUUCUUCCGCGGAGCCUUCUGCGAGCGAGACCAGACCGACCCGUCCCGCACAACCGACUGGGUCCAUGUGACGAAUUGGAUCAAGAGCGUGGUAGACCGGUUGGAGGAUCCCAACAUUGACGGCAAGGGACUGAAGGAUGCGCCGUCCGACAGGCCAAAAGGCACCAAGGACAUCAGCUCCAUGUCUGAGAACUGGAGACGGGGCUACUACGAAGCCAUGAUGUUGUACGCAAAGGCCGCAGAGAACGUCGAGAAGUGGGUAACCGACAAGACCCAAAACCUCACCAUCCCGAACGACUACGUGAUCGGUCCCUCCAACCCCAAGCCGCGCCCCCUCCCCAACGAGAACUACCGACCGCCCAAAGAAGACGACUGCGUGCCGACCUUCGAGUCGCCGAACGAGAUCUACAUGCGCAUCCUCUGCACCGAAGGUCUUACCAACCGACAGCGCAUGGAAGCCGGCCUCGCCUACGCCACUUGGCUUGAAUUCAAGCAGAUCACGGGACCCGCCAACAUCAUCCUCGAAGACGCCGUCCACCUCGCCGCCAGCGAGCAAGCUCUCCUCACCGGCGGCCAUUACCCCCUGGACACCAAAAGUUACACCCUCAUCGACGCCGCCGGCCACCAUCCCUCGUCCAACCUCCUGCAAUCCCUCACUGCCCUCGCCACCUUCCGCGCCCGCAACGGCGACGUCUCCUCCGCGCUUCCCAUGCUCGUCUCCAUCCUCCAAGCGCGCAAGGCCCUUCCGACUUCCGACCCGCGCCGCAUCUCACCCCUUCCACAAAAGAAACAGACCUGGGCCGGCGCCGUCCUAGCCCUCCUCAAGGAACCUCCUUACCCCGACCCGCCUGAGGACGGCACCCUCCCCCCUUUGCGCGAUGCCAAGGAACGAUGUGAGGAGGCCGCGCUGAGUCUGCAUAUCGGGGAGAUCAUGUACACUGCCAAGCCUACCACCACCAACAACAACAACACUUCGGCCACAACUGCUCAUUCCCACCGCGAAGAAGGUCUAGGCUGGACUCGCGAAGCAGUCGACAUCGCCGAAGAACAACUCCGCGGUCUAAGCAACAAGCAGUCUGCCAUGGCCGCCAGACUAACAUGCCGCGAGUGUCUGGCUGCAGGUUUAGAGAACUGGACGAUGAUGGUCUCGAGGCUGGCGAGGGACGAGAAAGCUAAGAAAGAGGAGCUGGAAAGGAAUCCGGGCCUCGACAAGCAAAACAAAACGAGUUGGUGGAGCUUCUGGGGACAGGGAGAACACAAGCAGGAGGAUUUGAAUAGGUGGGCGGCGGAGGAGAAGGUUAUUGCCGAGAGACAGAGGAGGGCGGCGGAUUUGUUGGAGGAGUUGCCAACGGGGAAUAGGGGGUUUUUGUCAUUUUUGCAGGCUUAGAUCCCUGGAUGGUUGGGAAGGAUGUGGUGGAUUUGGGAUGGAUGGAUCAUGGGGUGGCCUCGAAGCAGCCUCCCACCCGGUCCACCAGCUUGUUGGUCAGUGAGUGUGACCGGGACUGUAUCUUGAAAUGCCUCAGUGAGAAAAAGGAGCACAGGACAAAUGGGCACAGGGCAGCUACUCGCUUGUUAGUGUUGUAGUAUGUACGAUUGUAAGUUUUGUAGUUUGCUUCAAGCACUGUACGUAUAACGGAAGCUUAGUACUUUGAGGGCAAGGCAGGAUACAGCACUCCUUGCCCACAUUCACGAUUGUUGGAUAAACU